AUACUUGGCAACCCUGUCAGAUCGGCUCCAGUAGAAGUGCGUGCGCUUUAGAGACGAGAACACAGAGCCCGCUCAGGAAAUGCUUUAGGAAACACAUCUGAACGCGAUCUGCGACGUUUUAGAAAACAGUUAUGGCAAUGUGGAGGGAUCCUGUAGUCCAGUUUGGUGUGUUUUACGCCUUACUGUUUCCAGGUGUCUUUGGUUUUGUUCCUUCUCCAACAAACAUCAGUGUUGUUUGUCACAACUUUGUGAAUGUCCUCUAUUGGAACUACAGUAACCCAACUGAACAGCUGAAAUUCAGUGUAAUGGUCAAACCUUAUGAAAGUGAUCCCCAAACAGUUGACACCUCUCAGACGCACCUCGAUAUCAGCAGCUCCAGCAGAGAUGUGGGGGAUGAUUACUUUGUGUCUGUGACGGCACAUGAUGGGCAAGACAAAUCAGAAAGCGUCUCCAUUAGAUUCACCUACAGCAAAGACUAUUUUGAUGAGAACCAACAUAAAUAUAAAUGCUCUUUGGACUUUCCAACUGUAAAUACAUCUGUCUACAAAGAUAUGAUUGAAGUGUCCUUUCAGCACCCUUUCAUGCUUCAUAAGCAAGACAUAAUGAAUGAAGAAUUUGAGUACACAAUCACACAUGAUGAGCAAACGGUUUUAUACUCAUGUUUUGAGGAUGAGGAACUGUGCACUGCAGAAAUCCACUUUAACCAAAGCAUUGCUGGACAGUGUGUUGAGCUGAAGCUUGAAGGGAAGAUUGCUGGUAUCCCUACAUAUACCUACGGAAACAUUUGUGUCCCUCAGCAGACGCCUGAGACCGUUCUGUCUGAUUUUGAUGACAAAACGGGAAUAAUCGCAGCUUUGCUUGGUGGAGGGAUCAUUGUGCUCUUCAUUAUCAUUGGCUUUGUGUGGCUGCUCUGCAGGAAGUGGUCCGAAAUCCCCAAAAUGCCUAAAUUUUUGCGGAACGUUUUACCUGUCCAAUCUCCUGCAACCCAACCCGAGCCGACCUGCAUUUCUCAAAUAACACCUCAGGGACACACACCCCUACUGACCGAGGAGAUUUUUAGUUAUGCUUCUCCCCCUAUUUCCCCGACCGAGAAAGACAAAGCAAACACUAUCCUUGAUGACACCGUAGUGGAUCUCCCCGAGGUUUCGGAAGAGGACAUGGAUUGUGAAGAGUCUGAAGGCUUCGGAUGGUCGUCUGACUACGACAGUCCCAAAUUCCUGCAGGAGAUGAGUCCGGGGGACAUUACUGUGGGAUACGGCCCUCGACCACCAGUGCUUUAGGUCUGAACGUGUGUAAGAACGACACUGGAAGGUGUUUUCAUUUCUUGUGGAAAGAUGGCCUGUUCACACCAAGUCAUUUUUUGGUCCAUUAACAAUUUCCCACACUGAUCAGAAGCUGACGUCUGGUUCUCAGUGCAGAGCGUUCGAUUGUGGUGAGAGCAGUCUAGUUUGUUGCGAUGUGCUGCAUUGACAGUGUUAACUACAGCCAUGCUGAGUUUCCCACUAGCCUGCAUUAAGAUAAAUAAAAUAAUUUUGCUUGGAAGGAAAAAUAACUGUUGAAACGUACACUGUCAGGAGGGGAAAAAAGGGGUAAUGUCAUGCCAGAAAUUUCCCAGUACCUUUUCAUUACAUUUACAGACAUUUUCAGUAACACAUUGUCUUUGUUACACAUGAUACAUAUACUUACUGUUAUAAUAACAAUACAUUAUGCAUAAUUGCAUUAAAGUAACCCUAAACCAAUCCCUAAUCCUAACCCUAACCAUAUAUCCACAAUAUAACCACAAUCCUAAAAUAUAACUCCAUGCAAUGUGUAAUUCUAAAUUUUGGUACACCUAAAAAAAAAACCAUCAUGUAAACACCCAUAAAAAUCAACAUUGUACGUUGGGCAGCAUUUUUACAGAUGGUGCUGCUUUAGAAACUUAUGUGAAGCAGUUUCUAAGGGAAUUGCAAAUGAGACACUCUAUCAAUCAAAAGUGGUAAAAAUUUACAUUUUUACUGAAACAUACUCCAAUAUAGGCAUCCGUUAACCGAUAAGAAUUUCAGAGAUUCUGAUACCGAAAUCCAAUUUGCUGCAUUUCCACUCUCGGCAACAAAACACUUUUCAACAAUAAAACACAUCUUGCACAUAUCUAUCUGUUAAACGCUUUGGCAAGGCCUCUUUAGCAUGUGAGGAACUAAAACUGCUUGUGUACGUGCGUAUGAGCCAUGACUCUUCUGUUUUUUUAUGAGGGGAUACUGCAAGUUGUUACUAUUAUUCUUGAUGUUGUCAUGAAAAUACGUGUCGUAGCAUUCAUUUACAUCAGAUGCGAAUGAUGUGCUGGAUUCAGUGCUGCUGUAGCUUUAAAACGGGACGACUUUGCCAAGCUGAAUAUAUAACAUGAUUCUAGGCAGUGGUUUGUUACAUUUGUAAAGUGUUUGCUGUGAUAACAGCAUAUGUUUAAGCAACAACAGGCUACAAGUAAUAUCUGCCAGGCACUUCUCUAUAUUUUUACAGUUCUCUUGCUGAAAAUGUUACAUGUUGUAGGCAGUAUAAAUAGAACAGCAUUACUCUGAAUGUCUCGUGAGCAAACAUUUCAUGAUAUAGAAAAAGUGAUGUCACUUUUUACCAUUUAGAAAAAUGUCAAGAUGCAAGUUCAAGGGGGGAAAAAAUGUGGUAUGACAUUAAUGACUUUUUUUCUUUAUGCACUUUUUAUUAAAAUGCUUCUAUUUUUUCUAAAAUUCUUCUAAUCUUAGUUAUUUUAUUUAUUUUUUUAUUUUAUUUUUUUGCUUUUUGAAAAAUGAAGCAAAUUUGCACUUAAUCAAAAUUGAUCAAUAAUCUAGAAUAAAGUAUUUACACGGACCAGAAAAUGUGUCUAUAAAAAAGGCAAAUCCAUUAUUACCACAAUUAGCUUGACAAUCCUGUGUUAUACUAACCAUAUAGAGUAUUCUCAUUCAUGCUUUUAUCUGAAAUCACAUACAAUACUUUCAAGGCAAAUAUUUGUUUCCAGGAAAUUGUAGGUGCCAUAAUUUACCAGUUGAGUUUAAUUAUUUACAUAUGUAUGUGUCAAGUUUCUGCACUUUGCACUCUUUUCUGAUAGAAUUGUAUUUUUUAACUUUAACUUGACGUCAUCAUGUCUGUUUGAUAUUCAUGUGCUUUCACACAUUUUAAUCGCAAUAAAGUAAUUGGCUGCAUCGUUA